AGUGUCCAGAAAUCGUGCCCCUUUCUUUCUUUUCUCAAUUUCAUCUCCAAACCCUACCGGCGCUUGGAUGAACCAAAAGCCUAUCGAUCCGUCAGUAGCUAACUACUACACCUGGAUUCACUGAGCGGCUCCACUAAACAGGCAUGUCCCGAAGGAAGCAGAGCAACCCGCGGCAGAUUAAACGUCCUCUGGAGGAUGGUUUGGAGGAGGAGGAGGAGGAGUGUGUCUCUGAAGAAAAUGAGCUCGUGGCCAAAGACGAGUUUUCGGUGGAAGAAAACUUCUCAGCGGAGUUUGAGUCUGAGAACAUGGGCUGUGAAGAUAUGGAAUACUUCUGCAACAAAGGAGAAGAAGAUAGCAAUCGAGAAGCAGGUGAAUCGGAGAUGGACACACAGAGCGAGAAGACCAGACACCCAACAGCUGGGCCAGAGGACUGGGAUGGACCAAGGGAGCUGGAUGCGUUCCUUAAAGAUGGUGAGCGCAGGAUCCACAGUCGGCAGCAGCUCCCUGUUGGCACAACAUGGGGUCCCUUCGAGGGCAAGAUUGAGAUGAACACUGACAGCAUGAAGACGAAGAGCUCGGUCCCGGUGGUGUUGAGCGCCGGCCCCAGGUGGCUUCUGGAUGUGACUUGGCAAGGAGCGGAAGACAACAAAAACAACUGUGUGGUGUACAGCAAAGGUGGCCAACUGUGGUGUACCACUACCAAGAACAUGAUGGAGGGUGAGGAGCUGGUGGCGUUUGCGGUGGACUUUGACUCUCGCCUGCAGGCAGUGAACCAUAUGUCUCUGAGUGAGGGCAUGUACCCAGCCAGGCUGCUGGACAGCAUCCAGCUCCUGCCACAGCAGGCCGCCAUGGCCUCCAUCCUGCCCACCGCCAUUGUCAACAAGGACAUCUUCCCCUGCAAGGCCUGUGGGAUUUGGUACCGCAGUGAGAGGAAUCUGCAGGCCCACCUGAUGUACUACUGCAGCGGGCGGCAGAGGGAGCCAGAGACUGUGGUGGAGGAGAACGACACAGGACCCCACCAGACCUCCAGCAUCUGCCCCUAUCCACAGUGCAACAAGAGCUUCUCCGGAGCCAGAGCCCUGGAAAUGCACUUGAGCACCUCGCACAGCGGUGUCAAAAUGGAAGAGAGCCUCCCUCCUGGCACCAGCUUGAAAUGCACAAUCUGUAACUACACGGCAGAUUCUCUUAUUACAUUCCAGCAUCACAUCAUGUCUCACCUGUCACAGGCGGCCUUCAGAUGCAAUCACUGCCAUAUCAGCUUCCAGAGCCACAGGGAACUCUUACAGCAUCAGGACUUACACGGGCACGGCAGCAAACUUCACAGGGAGGCCGACGGCACAGAGCAUUCCCCCCGGGGGCCCGAGGACAGCCUCCAGCAGCCACCGCAGCAGCCUCCGCCCCGCGCCGAGCUGGCCAACAGGAAGGACGCUUUGCUGGGAAGUCCCAAAGGGGCCCUCAACAAGGAGACUAAUACUGAGGGAGAGAUCGACAAGGCCGAGAAGAAGCCCAUGCUGUCUGUCCAGAAGGGGGACGCUCACCCAGGCAGUAAGGCCAGCUUUUCUUACACCAGGAUCAAGUCGGAGCCUUCCAGUCCCCGGCUGGCCUCCUCCCCCGUGCAGCAUAACAUGCCUACAUUUCCCAUGGGCCCCUUCUUGUCUCAGUUUGCUUUCUCCCAGGACAUUUCAGUAGUCCCACAGGCUUCAGAGAUUCUGGCUAAAAUGUCAGAGCUUGUUCACCGGAGGCUGCGCCAUGGAGGGAACAGCUACCCCCCUGUCAUCUACAGCCCUCUUAUGCCCAAAGGGGCCACCUGUUUCGAAUGCAAUAUCACCUUCAAUAACCUGGACAACUACUUGGUCCACAAAAAGCACUACUGCAACAGCCGCUGGCAGCACAUGGCAAAAUCCCCUGACUUCUCUGGCCUGGCAGACAAGGUCCCCGAGGCAGUGAGCCCCAACAGCGGCCAUAGUUCGGUCAACAUGCUGGCCGGGUGCCACCCUGCAGAGGCAGACAGCCACCUGAUGCAGUCUGCCUGUCUCAACUCCAGCGUAUUGGACAUGAUCAAUGUGGGGGCCAAAGGGCCAGAAAAAGAUCUGCCGGGACAAGCCAAGAAGGUCUCCACCCCGACCGGUGCCGAGGAGAGGCUGAAUGGCAAGCAGAUGGAGGGGAAGAGCCCCAACACAGGCCUGGCAGAUAGUGACAACGACCCGACCAAGACCACUUGCGAUGCAUGCAAUAUCACUUUCAGUCGCCACGAGACCUACAUGGUCCACAAACAGUACUACUGCGCUACCCGCCACGACCCGCCUAUGAAGCGCAUGUCUGCCAACAAGGUGCCCUCUAUGCAGAGGACCAUGAGGACCCGCAAGCGCAGGAAGAUGUACGAGAUGUGUCUCCCAGACCAGGACCACCCGAGGCCACCCAUGGGUCAGCCGGGGUUCCUGGGUGUCCCCCCCAUGGGGAGCCCUUGUACAUCCCAGGAGGCUGUGGAGAGUUUAGCCGACCGCUUCCAUCCCCGGUGUGACGUCUUCCCAGGCAUGGUGCCCAAACACCUGGAAGCCUCCCUUACCAUCAGUAAAUCUAUUCUAGCGCCCAAAUGUAAUACCAUGGAACAGCAGGAGCUGGACGCCCCCAUUGACCUGAGCAAAAAGUGCUCGCCAGCCCCCGACAAGACUUGUAGCUCCCCUAAAAGACUGUUGGACUACCACGAAUGUACGGUGUGCAAGAUAAGUUUUAACAAAGUGGAGAACUACCUGGCACAUAAACAGAACUUUUGCCCUGUGACAGCCGUCCAGCACAAUGAGAUUGGCAGCCUGGAAUCAACCCUGUUCCCAGAUAUAAAGAGCGAAGGCAAUAACAACCUUGAUGAUGUCUACGAUAAAAGCCCUGGAAAAUGUGAGAAGAAUGGCAACGGGAAGAUGAUGGUGCAGAACGGAGGCAUGUUCCCCCCGCACCUGGGGCCUGUGCCUGGGCUCAAACCUUUUGCUGAGCCCCAGCUCCUUCCGACGAAAGAUGAGAACAAGAAUAUGUUCCUGCCCCACUGUCUUUAUCCCGGAGCAAUAAAGAAGGUGAAAGGCGCUGAGCAAAUAUCGCCAUAUUUCGGGAUAAAGCCAACUGACUACGUGCCGGGAGGGCUGGUGAUGCAGGGAGAGUCCAGUGAGCAGGAGCAGAGGACAUCAAGAGAGCAGCCCCAGCAGCCUGCUGCUAAUGGCUGCCCCCACCCUGGCAAGGAGCCCUUGCCAUUGCUGCCCAAAAACAGGAGCAUGGUCAUAGUCAAUGGGGGGCACAAGCCCGAGGAGCGUUCGGGCACGGCUCCACCUCAGCAGGAGAACCAGUCCCAUAACCCCCAGCAGCCAGAUGGCCACACCGGCAAUCCCUCGCCCACGUGGGGCGCCGACAACCCGGCCGACUCCAACGAGAACGUCUCACCGUCCUCCAAGUCCCCGACUGAGGAGGUGGCACCCGCGGCCAAUAAAGGUGUAAAUGGUUCGGCCCAGGCUCCUGGAAGUGGCAAGUACUGCCGCCUCUGCGACAUCCAGUUCAACAACCUGUCAAACUUUAUUACCCAUAAGAAGUUUUACUGUUCAUCACAUGCCGCGGAGCAUGUAAAAUAAGUUUAGAAAAACAAGACCCACCCGCACCCGUCCCCAACUUUUGGUCCCCCCCCUCCCCUUUUUUUCUUCUGUUUUGGUACAGUCGUGUCUGGAAUAGUGCAUCAUGCAGUUCUAAACGCUGCUCAUGGACAAUCAAGAGAAGCUUCUUCUUUCAUCGUUUUAAGACUGAAAAAUGCAAAACCAUUGGUUAAAAAAGAAAAAGAAAAGAAAAAUGAAUCAAGAUAUUAAUAUUGGUGCCACUUUCACAUUUAUUUAUUUUACAAUCAGUAUUAAUAGGAGUAGUGAUCUUAAUUUAAAAUUCAAAAUGAAAUUUAUAUCAGAGUUGUUUGUAAUGUUAUUGUAUAGUCAUUCUUGUGUAGCACACAUCGUUUACACUGUAAUGUAGGCUCAAUGAAACAAUAGACAGAAUACAAAAAUGAGAUGCAUUUUAGACACAAAAAUAGCUACUGAGGCACUUGUGUAUUCUUAUUUGCUGUACCAGUUUUCGUGUAUGCCCAAAAUGUCACUUGCAGCUUGCAAUUGAUGACUUCUUAGCCUUAAAAGUCACCGUUCAGGAGUGAUAACCAGGCGCAACCCUGCAUCUCACAUUUUGGCAUAUAGACAUGGCUUUGCAUUCAUAUGUGGCUGUUUGUCCCUGUCUCUUUUCUUCAAUUCAGAUGUGGAUGUUUUCAUGAGGAUGGCAGCAUUCUUGUAUAGUACUUGUAUUUCUGUUUGAUGAUACACUUUGGUCUCCCUUUUUGAAAUUUGCUCUCAAUGCAAUACUUUGUAAAUGAGGGAACAUUACUGAAAGCAGUAUUAUGGAAUGGGGACUGUGCAUAUAAUUAUUUGUAACCCCAUUGGGAAAAAAAAGAAAUUGUACAAGAAUUAAGUUUAUUGCUGAUGAACAAGAUGGGUGGGAGGUCUGUCAGGUUACUGAUGUAAAGUGAUCAUUCCAAUGUCCUGAUUAUGGGAGAAAAAUGUUUCUUAAAAAACGUUGUUGCUAUGCAUGUAUAUGGAUGGAAGAAAAUUCCAGAUCUGUUGGAAAUUUUUAUUUUGAUGUGGUGUCAUAAUUAAACUGAAAUCCUCAGGAUAAUCUAAUGCUGUCUGUUUUUUCCUUUCACC